AACUUAUUUUUUUUAUACAAUUUACAUAAAUUACGUUAUGUGUUCAUCACUAUAAAUAGCUGCUGAAGCCUGCGUCUUCCUCCAACCUCAGCGCGAAAACAAGACCAAAAAGACAAAAAGAAAAUGGCCAAGGUUCUUCUCUCUCUUCUGGUCGCUGUCUUCUUCUUCGCGAAGAUCAGUUCGGUUUCUGCAGGUUGGUUGCAAGCUCAUGCCACCUUCUAUGGCGGAAGUGAUGCUUCUGGUACAAUGGGUGGAGCAUGUGGCUAUGGCAAUCUGUACACGGACGGGUACGGAACUAACACGGCGGCUCUGAGUACGGCCCUUUUCAACGACGGAAAAGCCUGCGGCGGCUGUUACCAGAUCAUUUGCAAUUCGGCCAAAGUGCCACAAUGGUGUCUGAAGGGCAAAACCAUCACAAUCACCGCCACAAACUUCUGCCCACCGAACUUCAACCUUCCGAGCAACAAUGGCGGAUGGUGCAACCCUCCCAGACCUCACUUCGACAUGGCUCAGCCCGCUUUUCUCACCAUCGCCAAGUACAAAGCCGGUAUCGUCCCCAUCCUCUACAGAAGGGUCGGAUGCAGAAGAAGCGGAGGGAUGAGAUUCACCAUCAACGGGAGGAACUACUUCGAGCUGGUCCUCAUCUCAAACGUCGGAGGAAUCGGAGAGAUUUCCAAAGUAUGGAUCAAAGGCUCAAAGAGCAACAGAUGGGAGACUAUGUCGAGGAACUGGGGAGCUAACUGGCAGAGCCUUUCUUACCUCAACGGUCAGAGUCUCUCAUUCAGAGUUCAAGCCAGUAACGGGAGGAUCAAGACAGCUCUCAACGUUGUCCCUUCGAACUGGCGGUUUGGUCAGACCUUCAAGAGCAACGUCAACUUCUAGAUCACUCACUCUACCCCGGUGUUUAUGGUUUUCGCCUUUUCUUGCGUGCAUAUCUUCUGUAUCUUUCAUGUUUUCCGUCAUUUUCCUGCUGCGACAUCUGCCGGAAAGAAGCCUGCAUUGUGCUUUUUUCAGCCCUCACCCUCACCGUUUAUUUGUCAGGGCAGGACUCGAGCAGAGAUAUCUGUAUAUGAAAAUUUAAGAAAAAAGCGUUUACUAUCCACCA